AAAAAUGUCAUGGUUCUUAGUUGUGAGGAAUCCAUGGACAACAUAUUUAAGAAGUAUAAGGAAAAAGUCCCAGAAGCCUUAAACAAAACGUUCUUGGAUCGAAUUUCCAAAACUGAGGCAAUCCAACGGCAUUUGGAUAGGAAACAACUAUCUUCAACACCAUUGUUUCCCACAUAUCAACAGCAAGAUGUACUGCAAGCAAAAGGUUUAGACAAAGAAAAACAAGCUGCUUCAACAGGUCCUUCAGAUCCAAAAACGCGCUUAUGCAAAAAUUGUGGACAGCCAAUGAAAGGACAUCCAAAAAGUCAUUGUCCACAAGAAUUACUUGACAAAUAUUCUUAGCAGGCCAACUUUAAAGUUAGUUAUAAAAUAAUAUACUAUGCUACAAAAAAUGUUUUCUACUUCUA